UGGUCGCGGGCGGACUCAUUGUGGUCAUCGCCUUUUUGGGCUGUUGUGGUGCAAUCCGAGAGAGCUAUUGUAUGCUUAACACGUACGGCGCUCUCAUACUAUUAUGUCUGGCAGCGCAAGGCGUGGGCGCAUAUCUGGCCAUACGUUACAAUUAUGAUUUGGAAAAGCACGCAAACGAUGGCAUAUACGCGGCUCUGGAGGCAUACAAAUGGGAACUGCCGGACGACGAUCCCGCUAAUAAAGCCAUCAAUGAGUUCCAGAAACAGUUGCAAUGCUGUGGCGCUAAGGAUGUGACUGAUUGGGAUAAAAUCACUAAACACCCGGGUUUCUAUCCGGCGUCUUGUUGUAAGUCUGGAGAGGAUAUUGUCGACACCCGAUGUUUGGAAAGGAAUACCUGGGACAAGGGCUGCACUAAAGCGCUCAUCGAUUACAUGAAGCUAUAUCUCGGAAGUUUAGGCUAUAUAGCGAUUGGUGUGGCUUUGAUAGAGUUAUUGAUAAUAGUAAUGGCCUGUUGUCUGUCGCGGGAUAUUAAGAACAAAUACGCCACGUAUUCCAGCCCUAAGGCCCGCUCUUAG